AUGGUUCUUUCUUUCAACAUCCUGAUGCUGCUCCUCCUGCAGCUGGCUCUGUCAGGCCCAGUGCCACUGACCACACGCUCCAGAGGAUGUCCUGGCUGUAAAGGAAAGCCCUCACAGAGUCAGCCAUUGGUGGAUUUAAACACCACCUCUCUGGCUGUUGGAGCACCGUGCGGAGUCUACACUCCGAACUGUGCCCGUGGGCUGAGCUGUGCACCUCCACAGGACGAGCCCAAGCCUCUCCGAGCUCUGCUGGAGGGCAGAGGGGUCUGCAGUAAUGCCAGUGGCGUAAGCCCGACGGAGAAGAUCCGCACUGCAGAUCCAGCUCCCACUGAGGAUCCAGAGGAGGCUCCAUGUCGAAAACUGCUAACAACACUCAUCCAAGGGCUUGAUGCACAUUUAUUUAAUUCAAACCACGACAUCUACAUGCCCAACUGUGACAAGCGUGGCUUCUACAGAAAGAAGCAGUGUUGGUCAUCUCGAGGGAAGCAGCGUGGAAAGUGUUGGUGUGUGGAUCAGAAAGGCAUGGUGGUCUCUACAGGAACCAGAGAGAAAGGCCGCCUGAGCUGCUGA